AUGGGGAACAGAGGUAUGUGGAUGUUGUUGGCAAUGGCAUUCUUCUUCCUUUGCUUCUUCUCAACCACUGGGGCUAUCUGGCUCACCGUACCAACCUCUGCCAUCAAGUGCGUUUCCGAAGAAAUCCAGAACAACAUCGUCGUUUUGGUUGAUUACGUUGUCGUUGCCAAUGGGGAUGAUCCAUCCCACAACUCAACUAUUUCCGUCAAGGUUACAUCACCAUAUGGAAACAAUCUUCAUGACAUGGAGAACACAACAAUUGGUAAUUUCGCCUUUACUACUCGAGAGAGUGGGAACUACCUAGCAUGCUUCUCGGUGGCUCAUAGUCAAGCAGAGGGGGAUGUUAGUGUGGAUCUUGAUUGGAAAAUUGGAAUUGCAGCCAAGGAUUGGGAUUCGGUUGCUAAAAAAGAGAAGAUUCAGGGAGUACAACUUGAAUUGAGAAAGCUAGAAGGAACAGUGGAGGCUAUCCACGAUAAUUUGAUCUAUCUCAAGGGCAGGGAAGCUGAGAUGAGGAACGUGAGUGAAACAACAAAUGCCAGGGUGGCAUGGUUUAGUAUUAUGUCUUUGGGUAUCUGCAUUGCAGUUUCAGUUUUGCAGUUGUGGCAUUUGAAGCGAUACUUCCAUAAGAAAAAGAUUAUUUAG